AAUUUCUUACAAAUUCAAAUAGCAAACUCAAUGCGAUGUACGCCCGAACGUUUAGUACGACAGUCCUUCUCAUCCUGUGCGUGUUAGCGUGGUGCGACUUUCGGGUUUUUGGCAAGAAGGGGAGUGAGGAGAUCUGCUCCCCAUGGUCCCUCACUGGGCCGGCCUGCCAAUACCUCGAACGACUCAAUCUGCGGUUCAUCGUCGACUUGGCGGAGGAGAAUUACAAGGAAGAUAGGGGGAAUACGAUCCAAACCGCGGUGUACGGCUUUGCCCCGGAGGUGGAUCGGCUCCAGUUGUUCACCCUCAGCGACGCCGCCGCCUUGGCCUCGGUUUCGAUGACGGGCGGUCCGUACGUGUUCUCGGCGAGUUUAACGAAAAAAUACCUUUCCGUUUACGGGUUUGGCAAUACCAACAGCAUCGUGAGGCCCGAAUAUGGGGGCUACUCCAACGCCGCCGUGGUGCUGGUGGAGAAGGAUUCGUCGGUGUGUGGGGGGACCGGCACCGUCGCGGUGGCCACAAUUUUGAACUUAGAUGUGGGCCUACAUCACGGGCUCUUUAAUUACGAAUCGGGCGCGCAAACUAUCCUCACCACAAAUCCCAAAACGCAACCCACGACCUUCGAGGAGACGCCGGGGGUGUCUUCUUCCCCAGCCUACUUUCCCUUCUCCGAGGAGUGGGGCGGCGACGGGGGCCUGGGGAAGAAGUCGACUAUGUCAGGACUCAACACCAAUGCGAAAGGCUUUCCGAUUUUAUCCGAAGUUUUCUCGGUUAAACAGCCACUCAAGACGGGGUUUGCUCCAACGUGUGGGAAUACAAAGGACGGUGAGAAAUGUUUAUGGGAUAAAACGCAAGUUUGCAUUGGGGAUCUGGGCCGUAGAAAUUGUGCGAGGUGCUAUAGCGAUCUCUCUGAGCUUGUGAAGUCGGCGAAAGUGAUGAUUGUGGCAUCUUAUUACGGGACAGACUUGUUGGGCAGAACCCUUACCAGUGGGACGGUCAACCCUUUGAACUUCCGUGAAUUUGCAGGAAAAGACGUUAUAAAGAAUAUAAGGAAAGCUGUUAAAUUCUAA